AUGAUGGAACCCAACCAAGAUCAGCAAAAAGUGAACACUCACAUCGUUAUUCCGGUCCCAGAGGAAGGAACAGGGCCGCGUAGAAAUAAAUGUAAGGAAUCAUGCCUUCAAAACGUGAAAGAAAACCUUAUUCUGAUUCUUUUGUUAGGAUCUGUUGUACUUGGGGUGGCCAUUGGGUUUGCGGUACGUUCUGGGACGGUUAUGACAAAAAGAGAAAUUAUGUAUCUGUCCUUUCCGGGAGAAAUGUUGAUGAGAAUGUUGAAAAUGUUGAUCCUCCCGCUCAUUGUGUCAAGUUUGAUAGCGGGAAUCGCCGGUCUGGAUGCCAAGACAUGUGGCAAGAUGGGUUUGAGAACUAUGGCCUACUUUGCGACCACUACACUUUUGGCGGUCAUUUUGGGGAUAACAAUGGCCGUCAUUAUUCAGCCUGGACGAAAUGCUGACCGGUCGAAAAUUCAACGAUAUGGAAAGACCGAAAAACUUAAUACCGCCGACACUUUCCUUGACCUUGUCAGAAAUCUGUUUCCGGAUAACCUCAUCGUUUCGUGUAUCACUGGAUACAGAACUGCUUUGAAAGAAGAAGUCAUCGAAAAGAAAAUAUUCAACUCUACAUUGAACGGUACUGGAUUUGGUGACAUUGUCCUGGCUAAUGGAACCAAUUAUUCGGGAUAUGGAGAUAUCGUCAACGGAACUAACCAAACCAUGGACCAAGUUGUUACAGUUGUACGUGAAGUUAUCUCCGUUCCAACCAAGGGAGAGACAGGACAGGUGAAUAUCCUCGGUCUGGUCGUCUUCUCGGUGUGUAUGGGAGUAAUUAUCGGGCGCAUGGGUGUCCGGGGGAAACCGCUCGUCGACUUUUGCAACAGUUUAGUCGAGGCCACCAUGAAUCUCUUCGUCGUCUUCAUUUGGUACUCUCCUGUUGGUAUCACAUUCUUGAUAGCAGGAAAGAUAGUUGAGAUGGAGGAUUUCAGCGUCCUCCUCACGCAGGUGGGACUCUACUUCCUUACCGUGUUGUGUGGACUAUUGGUUCACGGCGCCCUUGUCCUUCCAGGGCUAUACUUCCUUUGUACCAGGAAAAACCCAUACAAGUUCAUGUGUGGAAUUUUCCAGGCCAUGGCAACAGCAUUCGGAACAUCUAGCAGUUCUGCUACAAUGCCCGUUACUCUCCAUUGCCUGGAGCACAAUAACCACAUUGACCCCCGUGUAAGUACGUUUGUGAUCCCCGUAGGAGCAACCAUUAACAUGGACGGCACUGCGCUGUAUGAAGCUGUUGCCGCACUGUUCAUAGCACAAGUCAACGCUGCAACCAUGUCUUUCGGACAAAUCGUCACCAUCAGUAUCACUGCCACGGCUGCAUCUAUCGGAGCGGCUGGUGUACCCCAGGCUGGACUGGUAACCAUGGUGAUCGUUUUGGCUGCUGUUGGGCUUCCAAUCGAUGACAUCACGCUUAUCCUCGUCGUUGAUUGGUUCCUUGACCGUUUCCGGACUAUGACGAACGUGACCGGGGACAGCCUCGGAGCAGGACUUGUAUACGAAUUGUCCAAGCAUGAGUUGCCUGCUUUGGACGCAGAGGAAGUUGAACCCACUGCAGUCACGACAGAAAACCCGGGAUCAAACAAAGCCGUCUCCAAUGGGACUGACUCGAUGACGGCUGUGUAAAAAUAUCAUGUAUGACGUCAUAUCUUUCCUUGAUCAACGAGCCGAUGUCGAAUGACGUCAUGAUGACGUCAUUCGAUGCUUGUCGUUUGCAAUUAUAAGACGAUUGGUGGAAGUUUUGGACAUCAGAGACCAUGCGUAUUUAAACGAAAUGUAAGAGAUAAGACGCACGUGAGAAAUAUAUCAGGUUCCCUUUGCUAGACGGCAGCAUACUAAACUUACACAAACGGAAUUAUGUACAUCACCGAGGGUUGUGCACGUUUUUUAUUUUCUGUAUAGAAUGAUAAUAAGUGUUGUUUGGUUUUUGUUGUAUAUUCUUUGAAAACUGACUUUUCAAAUAUAAUAUAUUAAUACGUCGAUGUAUAGAUCUAUGGAAAAUAUACUCAAAAAUUUAUUAUUGAUGGACUGAAAACUUGUUAAAAGGAUUUAACAGGAAAAGGGGAGUGAACAACAAGAUCAUUGUGCAUUCCUUGUUGAUAAUAGGUCAUUAUUGUUUAUACUGUUGUAAACUAAAGAGAAUAGUAACUUAAUAUUAGAAAGUAUUAGAAAUUAUAUCAAAUUGUCACUAAAUAGUAGAAUGACGUUUGAGAAUAAGAGAAUAUCGUCAGACAGUUUGUUGAUUAUAAAACACUAUCAUUUAUUAGUUAGAUACUGUUAUAUUACACAUAUAUUGCUGAUAUAAUGUUUCAUCGUGUAAGUACAUCAUAAUUCAAUGUUAUAUCGUAGACUAGGUUUUUCACUGUAUAAAUCAUUUCCCUUUCUCACGUAAAUAGUCCCCCUUUUUAUCCCGUACAUUUGUAUGUAUAUACUUUUAUAUAACCAUUCAUUUGUUACUUUAUGCAAUCAAUAUGCAUACAUUGAUCUCAGUAUCAUAAUACCUGUAAACAAACGAGUUUAUUUGAUACAAAAUGACCAGGCGCUCUGGGAAUAUGAAAAACUACCUACUAAAAUAAUAAGAUAUUUAUCGAACACACAUUUAUAAACAAUAAUAAACAAACCAUUUUUAUUGCCAUACAUUUUAUUCUUUAUUUUCUCAUUUUCAUACAAAAACGAUUAUUAAAAUCUUCAGCAGUUGAAUGAAUGAAAAAAAAAUGCCAGUUUGAGGUAGUUAUUUAUCUUCUUUGUCCUUUUUCAGGAGUCGUCAUGUAAAUAUUUCUUUUGUUUAUAUUUUGCCCUAGU